UUAAAGCUAGGUUAGCAUUAACACUGGGUUCUUAAGUGUAGCCUGAUUUCUAACCGUAGCCAUGAAUUAAGAGGCAACUGUCAAACCCUUUUCCGUUCAACGUCUCGUGGCUGAUUGGACAGAGAGGUGUUAGACAUGUAUGCCUCUGGGAAAUACAGCUCACGGGGCCCUGCUCUUAUCCCCCGGAUGAAAACCAAGCAUCGCAUAUACUACAUCACCCUGUUCUCUGUGGUUCUGCUUGGAUUAAUUGCCACCGGGAUGUUUCAGUUCUGGCCCCACUCCAUUGAGUCCACAGCUGACUGGACCCUUGAUAAACGCAGUGUCCAUGAUGCACCUCUGGUCCGCCUGCCUGUCUCCAGCCCCAUUCCUGAGAGGGGUGACCUCAGCUGUCGCAUGCAUACCUGUUUUGAUGUGUACAGAUGUGGCUACAAUCCCAAGAACAGAAUCAAGGUCUACAUCUACCCUCUGCAGAGGUUUGUGGAUGAAUUGGGGGUUCCCAUCAGCAGCACUGGACUGUCUCGAGAAUACAAUGACCUGCUCAGUGCCAUCUCUGACAGCGACUUUUACACUGAUGAUGUCACCAGGGCUUGUCUUUUUAUCCCAUCUAUUGAUGUGCUCAAUCAGAACUCCCUGCGUAUCAGAGAGACUGCCCAGGCUCUGGCAAUGCUACCCAGAUGGGACAAAGGGAUGAAUCACCUGCUUUUCAACAUGUUACCCGGAGGCCCCCCAGACUACAAUACUGCCUUGGAUGUGCCCAGAGACAGAGCACUGCUGGCUGGAGGUGGUUUUUCUACAUGGACCUACAGACAAGGUUAUGAUGUCAGCAUCCCAGUUUACAGCCCACUUUCUGCAGAUGUUGAGCUGCCUGAGAGACAGCCUGGGCCGCGGCGCUACUUUAUUCUAUCUUCCCAAACUGCCAUCCACCGAGAGUACCGUGCUGAACUGGAGCGUUUGAAGGAAGAAAAUGGAGAAGCACUGCUCCUCCUGGACAAAUGUAGCAACCUCUCCCAGGGUGCCGCCUCUGCACGAAAACGCUGCUACAAGGGACAGGUGUAUGACUACCCACAGAUCCUGCAGGAGUCGUCGUUCUGUGUGGUUUUGCGUGGGGCACGAUUGGGUCAGGCUGCCCUCAGUGAUGUGCUGCAGGCUGGCUGUGUCCCCGUCAUCCUCGCUGACUCUUACAUUCUGCCAUUCGCUGAAGUACUUGACUGGAAAAGGGCAUCUGUGGUUAUCCCAGAGGAAAAGCUGUCAGAGAUGUACACCAUCCUAAAGAGUAUUCCUCACAGACAAGUUGAAGAGAUGCAGAGACAGGCACACUGGUUCUGGGAGGCCUACUUCAGCUCCAUGAAGGCCAUUGGAUUGACAACACUCCAGAUCAUCAAUGACCGCAUUUACCCAUAUGCUGCACGCACAUAUGAGCAGUGGAACAAUCCACCUGUGGUGAAGUGGUCCAGUGUGAACAGCCCUUUGUUCUUGCCACUUAUCCCACCGAGGGCACCUGGCUUCACAGCAGUGGUGCUUACCUAUGAUCGUGUUGAGAGUCUUUUCCGAGUCAUCACAGAAAUCUCCAAGGUGCCUAGCUUGGCUAAGCUGCUGGUGGUGUGGAAUAAUCAGAACAAGAGUCCUCCUGAGGAGUCUCUUUGGCCAAAGAUUGGUGUUCCUCUCAAAGUUGUGCGAACCAAAGAGAACAAGCUGAGUAACCGCUUCUUCCCUUACGACGAGAUUGAGACAGAAGCCGUACUGGCAAUCGAUGAUGACAUCAUCAUGCUGACAUCUGAUGAGCUGCAGUUUGGCUAUGAGGUUUGGAGGGAGUUCCCAGACAGACUGGUGGGCUACCCUGGCCGGCUGCACCUCUGGGACCAUGAAAUGGGGAAGUGGAAGUAUGAGUCAGAGUGGACCAACGAGGUCUCCAUGGUUCUGACUGGAGCCGCCUUCUAUCACAAGUACUUCAACUAUUUGUACACAUACAAGAUGCCAGGGGACAUCAAGAACUGGGUGGAUGCUCACAUGAACUGUGAAGAUAUCGCCAUGAACUUCCUUGUGGCUAACAUCACAGGCAAAGCCCCCAUAAAGGUGACCCCCAGGAAAAAGUUCAAGUGCCCUGAGUGUACUGCCAUUGAUGGACUGUCCCUGGAUCAGACACACAUGGUGGAGAGGUCUGAGUGCAUCAACAAGUUUGCAUCAGUUUUUGGCACAAUGCCUCUGAAGGUGGUGGAACACCGUGCAGACCCGGUGCUCUAUAAAGACGACUUCCCAGAGAAGCUCAAGAGCUUCCCCAACAUCGGCAGCCUCUGACCAGCCAGUACUAGGUGUUUGGACCUUGUCACAGCCUCAAAACUUCAAGAUCUGUCACUAUCAUCAUCUUUUAUAUCAAGACGUCAAAAUUCCGACUAAAGUCAGUCAUACUGUCACCUCUCAGUUUAAGUCACUUUCACUUUGUUUGAUUUUUAAAUUGAGUGCUUUGAGUUAACCUCUUAAAUGACAGAGGACACUAAAAUCUGGGGAUGGUGAUGACAGUAAUUUGUCUAUUGGUCUUUAAGUAAAAGAUAUUUCCAAACGUUUACCAAUACUAAAGCGUAGACUAAUGUUACAGAAACUGCUCUUGGAGGGUCACCCUGUGUCUGCUGUUUGACACACUGACUGAUUGGAGGCCUCUAGUUCCUCACUGUUACUGUUUUAGAGCUGGAAGCUUUGGGCUCCUGCCACUGUGGAAUCAACGUAUACAGUGUAUAUAUUUGUAUUUUGCAGCAGUGCUGUAUAAUAGUCAUAAUUUAUGAUGCUCCAACAAGGAUUCUCUAUUUUUCCUUCUUUUUUUUUUUUUUUCUUUCUUUUCAAAAGCUGACAUGGACCAGAUUAUUAUAGUUGCACUGUAUGAAAGACAAAGUAAUAAAUGUUUAAAUUACAUUAUAUAUAGUAAAUGAAUCAAUUACAAAUCUAUGUAGGCUUUAUCAAAUGGUUGUGAAUGUGAUAACACAGGGUGCUGGCUAAUAGAUGAUGUACAGUAAAUGUUUCACACACAUUCUGUUUUACACAGAUUGGAUUGUUAGACAAAGUUAUUACCAUAAAUAUAAUAUUUAGAGUGAAUAACUGCUGAUUUAAAAAAAAAAAAAAAGAAAAGAAAAAAAAGAAAAAGGUUAUGCUGAGCUACUGGAACAUCUUGAAUUAUACUGCCUGAGUAAGAUUUUCGUCAUAUUUAUAUAUCAGAAAAGCCGUGGUGCUUAUGAAGCAUCCACUAAGUCAUUUCAUGAGUUGAGUUAUGUGUAUGAACACUGCAUCAGUAUAAGUAAUUAUUUGUUUACCAUGCAUUUGGAGACAUAUUGUAUAGUGAAUAACAGACAACUCCCAAAUCCACUUUUCAAAACAGAUGUGUAUAAACAGUUAAUGCAAUGCUUUAUUUUUUUAUUUUUCCAUUUUACCUGUUGUGUGUGUUUUAUAUUUUUGUCCUUUUCAUCACUACUUGUCCCAACUUCAGUAUUUAGGUUGUAACAUUGACGCAGCAGUCUUUAAGAUGUUCACAAGGCCUUGUGAUGUUUUUAUUUGCCUUUUUUAUUAUUUUCAUGAGGUCAGUGAAAUUGUUUUGAAUUUGUUUGACAGAGUUUAUGUAUCUAAGUGUAUAUAUGACUUUGUAAAACAUUAUAAGUAAAGACCACACUAAUUCA